AUGGCAGUGCCGAACUUGCCAUGCUACAUAACAUUACCUUUGAUAGACAGAUCCACGGCACGUAUCCAAUUUGUGGAACAGAAAUAUCGCCGUGUUCCGCUACCGGUGAACAAACGGUGCUGUCCUCACCCCAUACCCCAUGCACGGACGCACAAAGCACCCAUACCUUUUACAACGCCGAACACCACCGGCAUCUUGUAA